AUGUGGAAGUUUGAGAAAAAGUCGUCUCUUAUAAGCCUACUUUAUAAACCUGAAGCCAGAAUUGAUGAGAUAUUUGAUAUUGAUUCUUCUGAAGAAGAAAAUGAAGAAUCAGUAUUAAAAAUUUAUGAAAAUCAAACUUUUCAAAUAUGA